GAAGGUGUGAAAGCGCUUCCACGGCGUCUGUCCGCCUGAAGAGAAGAGCUGAGAUGUCAACGAGUGGAGUGGAACCCGCAGCGCAGAGCCCGCUGUUGUCCUCCAGCUUGUCCUUCAGCCCGUGGUCAUGCGUUUGUGUGAAGGGCUGGUCCUCGGCCAUGUGGAACAGCCUCUCCGACCCACUGCUGCCCCCUUCAGGAUACUCUGCCACUGAACCGUGGCUCCUCCCAGAAUGCAGCUCUGUCUAUGACAGUUUGGUCAGUAACGCCUCUCCGAUCCCGUCUCCACCGGCACUCGGCGGCCUGCGAGGACGUGAACGAGCGCACAGCAGCAAACCUCGCAGAUCAUCCAUCCUGGAGCGCUGCAUCCUUAAAGCGUCCACCAGCAGCGUGGCCGUGGGGACGGAUGACGUGGACAAGAGGCCCCCGUUUGGCCGUUGUUACCCCCGCCUGCCUGACCCGGCCAACUCUGAGACCAACGCUGCGGUUCUGAAGCGGCGGCAGAAACAGAUUCAGUACGGCAAGAACACCACCGGCUAUCUGAACUACCUGCAGCAGGUGCCAAAACACCUGAGGGACCCAAAGCUUCACCCAUCCACUCCCAACAAGUACAAAAAGUACAGUCGGCGCUCCUGGGACAUGCAGGUUCGUCUGUGGAGGCGGGCGCUGCACCUGUGGGACCCUCCAUCUGCAAGCCAACCGGAUGAGACGCCUGACCCAGUGGAGCAGCUGCAAAGCCAGCUAGCGAAGAUGACGUCUGACCUGUGCGAGGACGGAGGAGACGAGCAGAGAGGGAAUCGUGCUCCUGCGUCCUCUAAAGUCUUCUCUGUGUGUCCAUUUUCCGCCGCCUGCGAGGAACCAGCCGGGGCCUGGACUGUCCCAACCUCACCGAUGCAGACAGCCUGCCGGCCUCUCCGCUCCCCUCCAGGCCUCGGCUACUCCCACAGGAAUCUGCUGAUCCCCGAUGACCAGAGUGACUGGCCCCGCCUCCUGAUGGAAACUGAUCACAUGCCAGAUUUCGGCUCUGAUGACCAGCAGGUUCCUGUGUUUUCUGACCAGCUCUUCUGGAAUCCUUACUGAUCUGAAGUGAACGUGGAAAAGGUGCCCUGAACAGCCUCUACCUCUGAUCAUGACCGUGUUUGUAUCGUCUGAUUUGUUUGACUUUUAAAGAUGAGCUCAGAUUUCCUUCGUGGCAGCAGAAGGGAUUGAUCCCUGAUCCAGUCGUGGUCCAAUCCUCCACUCUGCCCUGAAGGCGGGGCGGGGGCAGUGUUGGGCUCCCGACCUGAGCACCACUCUAUCAUUGGCACUUAUUUUUUAUUUUAUUUUUUUGUUGAACUGCAUCAGUUGGAGCACUUGUCACCUGCACUGUUUGAGUCUGACCUGCUGGAAGAUCCACCAGCUCGUCCUUAACUCCUGUCUGUCACUCUGUCCUUGUCUUCGUCCACCUUCACCACUGUGCUCUGCUGUCUGGCUCAGGUUCUUCCUCGUAUCCAUGUUUUUUCUCAAAAACAAAGUUCUCAGUGUUCUGUCACUUUUUUUUACUUGAUUUUUGCUGCUUGAAUAUCAAGAGCAUUGUUAAAAUGAGAUAAUAAAGAUUUAAAUAAAGUGUUGUAAAGUUG